AUCUGCUGCUUCUUAUUUAGUUACUUGAACCAUAUCUAUUUUUUUGGGAAAGGAGAAGAUAUGUUUAACUUUUUUGUGUUCAACCAUGCAAACUAUGUAGUAAUCCUAGAUUAAUAUUUAGGAAAAUAAUGUUUUUCAAAGUAGUUAAGACUAACUAAUCACAGUAAUCACUAACCUAGAGAAAAGCCAAACCCAACCGGAGAGAACUGAGUUCCGGUUCAAUUAUUGCUAAGAAUGUAAAUAUAAACCAAACUAAACCGAUGACAAAAAAAAACAAACUAAACCAGAAAAUCAAACCAAGUUUUAAUUCGUCAUUAUACUGAUGGAGAAUUCGGAUUAGAAGGCCCAUAAAGUUGGCCCAACAAACAAAACACUCGACAACGUGGUUUCAAACUGCAAAGGUGAUAAGUCUUCCCUUACAAAGUAAACCGCUCUGUUCCUCAACUGAAGUUAACUGUCUCCCUGUCCCUCCAUAACUUCCUCCCCACGUAACCGUCUCCUUCUUCUUCUUCUUCUUCCUCCUCGUCUACUUAAGCCACCCUUUCUCCAACUUUCAUCCUUUUUUCUCUUUUCUUUCAUCACUUAAUUUCUCUACGUGAUCACAAUGACCACCAACAAUUCCGAUUCAGAUCCCAAUUUUCACACUCCACUUAACCCUACAUCCAACGCAAUCAUCCCUUUCUACCGUACUCCAAAUCUCCAACUUGCUUUAUCUCCAAGUUACGACCAGAGCCCUAGAAAGAAACGCACCAAAACGGUUGCAUUACCCUCUACUUCUUCACCAAAACCAAAACCAAAAUACCCUAGAAAGCCAGACCCAAAUGCCCCCAAAAUCACACGUCCAUGUACCGAAUGUGGCAAAACGUUUUGGUCUUGGAAGGCUCUCUUUGGUCACAUGAGAUGUCACCCUGAGCGUCAAUGGCGUGGCAUCAACCCUCCUCCUAACCACCGUGGCCCCACCCCGGCUUCAUUUUCAAACCAGAACCAGAGAUCACCAAAUUGGGUCUCCCUUAUGACCGAGGAAGAUCAUGAAGUCGCUUCUUAUCUCUUAAUGCUGGCUAAUUCCAUGCCGUCAUCAUCAAGCUGUGGUGAGCGGUUCGAGUGUGGAGGUUGCAAGAAAGUGUUUGGAUCACAUCAGGCUUUAGGAGGACAUAGAGCUAGUCACAAGAACGUUAAAGGAUGCUUCGCUAUCACGAACGUGGCUGAUGAUCCUAUGACGGUUACUACUACUACUCCUAGUGAUCAAGAUCAUCAGGGUAAGAUCGUUACGUUUAUGGGGAAUCAUAAGUGUAAUGUAUGUUUUAGAGUGUUCUCUAGUGGCCAGGCUUUAGGAGGUCACAUGAGAUGUCACUGGGAGAAAGAAGAGGAGACGAUGGUCGGUGGUGCGUUUGAUCUGAAUGUUCCUGCAACAAUACAUGAUAUUUCGUCUACUUCGGACACAGCAGGGUGUUCAUUAGAUCUUAGGUUAGGGCUUUAAUUAGUAGAAUAUAAUUAUAGUUACAUGUUGGAUGUUGGCUUCUAGUAUAUAUAUAUAUAUAGGAUAAUGUUGUUAAUGUUGUGAUUUGAUGAUCUGGAUAAUGUAUGUCGCUAGGAUAUUGGUGUGUUUUGUGUAUUCUCAUAUAUAUAUGCUUAAUAAUGAAUGUGUUCAAUACUUCAAUUCCGGUUUUCAGUGUAUUAAUUUGAAAACCAAUUACUACAAUACAACAGGAAAAAUUACAAGAAAAAUAUAGUACAACGCAAAAUAAAUAAAUAAAAUCUUAAUUAACAAAAGAAUACUUUAAGAAGCUGAAAAUCGUUAUAUGCUGGGAUCUUUUUUGUAUUCAUCACAAAACUUAUAUGGAGUAAAAAACUGGAUAAUCCAAGCUGUAAAAGAAGCUCUCAAAAGUAUAGGCGUAUAUCCAACCAAUAGUAACAUAGAGUUCUUUCAGAAACACUUUGAGCCGUUUUGAUAAAAUUAAACCUAGCUUAUGGAACUAAUUAAUUUUACAAAAGAUUUUUUUUUGGGUAUGAUUCUUGCCAAGUUUCGUUGUUUGACCUGAUCUCAAACUCACCACGAUCUCCUUCUACAAUAUAUCGAUUAGAUUUAGAUCUUAUUCCGCUAAAGAAUCUUAGUGUUAUAUAUAUAUAUAUAUCUUAGCCAAGAUAACCAGCUAGCUUUAGCAUUAUUAUAUAAUUAAGAUUGAAUCUUAAAAAACUAUAUUAAUAAUCUGAAGAUUCAGAUGCAUUAUAGGUAAGCA